UAGCGUGGCUAGGAUCAAAAAGACAAGGAUGCGGAGAAAGGGGAGCCCUCCUCCUUCUGGCGGGAACGCAAGCUGGGGCAGCCGCUCUGGAAAACAGCGUGGAGGGUCCUCAGAAAGUUGAGAAUAGAGCUGCCCUCCGACCCAGCAACCGCACUUCAGCAAUCGAAAGAAAACAAAAACACUGACUCAGAAAGCGAUGUGCACCCCCGUGCUCACUGCGGCAGGUGCACAACAGCCCAGACCUGGAAACCACCUAAGUGUUGGUGGGAGGAUGGAGAGAAAACACGCGGCGUGCGGACAGCGCUCCCGUGUGCCCUAAAAAGAAGGAAAUCUUGCCAUUUGCAACGUGGAAGGACCUUGAGGACGUUAUGCCGAUCCUGGAGCCGGACACAGAGCAGAGCAUGGAUGUCAUCCUGGUGGGUUCCAGCGAGCUGUCCGCGCCGGCUUCCCCUGCGCCCUGCAGAGGGCUUCUUGCGCAUGAAAUCAGGGUGAACCAGAGGGACAUAGAAGACGUGUGCAUCUGCUGCGGGAGCUUCCAGGUGCACACGCAGCACCCGCUGUUUGAGGGCGGCAUGUGCGCCCCCUGCAAGGACAAGUUUCUGGACUGUCUCUUCCUGUACGACGAUGACGGGUACCAGUCCUACUGCUCCAUCUGCUGCGCCGGGGAGACCCUGCUCAUCUGUGAGAACCCGGACUGCACCCGAUGCUACUGCUUCGAGUGUGUGGACACGCUGGUGGGCCCCGGGACGUCGGGGAGGGCGCAGGCCAUGAGCAACUGGGUGUGCUUCCUGUGCCUGCCCUUCCCCCGCAGCGGGCUCCUGCAGAGGCGGCAGAAGUGGCGGGGUGGGCUGAAGGCCUUCUGUGACCGGGAGUCGAAUUCACUGGAGACGUAUAAAACGGUGCCCGUGUGGAAGAGAGAGCCAGUCCGGGUGCUGUCCCUCUUUGGGGACAUCAGGCGAGAGCUCAUGAGUCUGGGCUUCCUGGAGAGCGGCUCCGCCCCGGGGGGACUGAAGCACCUGGAUGAUGUCACAGAUGUCGUGAGGAAGGACCCCCGGGGACACCUGUUCCAGCAAGCCCAGCUCAGGGGUGCGUGGCGUCCCUCAGUGCCCCACGCCGCCCCUCCGGGCUCACUCCCUUUCGCGAGGCCCGUGACGCAGGCCACGCUGUUGGCAGCCCCUCCUAGAGGUGGGGAGCAGCGGUCCGCACCUGCACCUGCUGCGGCUGUCCCGGACGGCUCUGGUCCAGGCUGGAGGGGGGCCGGCAGCUGUGGGGGACCUGGAGGUCCUCGCUUAGACUCGGUUUUUCUCUGUGCGAAACUUCACUGCCCCAGGUUCCGGGGGCGAGCGGCUGACUGUUGGGACCUUCAGCGCACGCUUGGCUUCUCGCCCCUGACGCCCUCUCUUCUGUGCAGACGACCCUGCUGUCCCUGAGCCCGGUGGCCAGACGCCCCCAGGGGCACACUGCGUGUUAUUAGCCCUGGGGGGGGACACGGGGACUGGCUGGAGGGGACGCAAGGAUUAGGGGCAUAUCAUGGGAUGUGGGCUCUUGGUUAGCAGCUCGGGGUGGUCAGAAAACCAGUCGUCAGGUGUCUGGGUCUCCCGUUAAUUUCUUUAUUUAAUAGAAUGGCCUAGAACCGUCAUUAGCGGGAAUCCCUCGGGCCCCGGAGAGGGGUGCUUGGGUCCCUUUGUUGAAGAGCGUCCACGGUUGUCUGCCCGGGUAUCAGUGGGGGUGGACUUUGUCUUUCUUCCUGGGCCUGCAGGGCCGGCUGAUGGCUGCUGAUGGCUGGCGGGGACGGUGGUGGCCAGCGGUCAGCUCCCGGCCACCAGCUGUCGCGUCAGGGGCGCGCACAGGAUCUGUGUGAAUCCCAGCCAGUCACUGUGCCGACCUUCCCGGGCGGUUCUGUAAGAUGCAGAGGGGUCGCCUCAGAUCCCACAUGCCCUGCGGGGUGCUGGUCUCUCCUCAGAGGACAGAGGCUGGGCUCCGCGUGUCCCCGAGGCCGGGGCCACCAAGAGCCACUGUGGCAGGUCUGACCUGGUGGGCCUCACUGUCCCAUCAGGGCCCUGUGGGGUCUCAACCCUAUCGCAAGCCACCCACCGGGACCCACGGGGUGCCCGCUGCUGUGGGGGCACUUGGGCUGUGCGAGCAUGUGGCCGGACAGGGCUGUCCCGCGCGGCCAUCGCAGUGUGCCCGUCUCUGGCAGGUGGAAGCGUGGGGCCCGUUUGACCUCGUGUACGGCGCCACACCCCCCGUCGGCCAGGCCUGCGACC